UGGGCUCGGAGCCAUUCUCCCAAAUGCGCAUGCGCGACGUUUUAACCUCGGUAUUAAAACAAAAGCGUCUCGGAUUGGAUUCUGUUAGCGCUACUUUUGUUUUGCUUUUCUUUCUUUAAAAAAAAAACAUAAUAAUGAACGCGGCGGUUGUCAAAAAGACGCAAGACGCGCUCGGAAAGGUGAUAAAGAAACCACCGCUGACUGAAAAACUGCUCGGCAAACCACCCUUUCGAUACCUGCACGACAUCUUUAGCGAGAUCAUCAGAACCACCGGGUUCAUGAAAGGCCUCUACAAAGACAGCGAACUCAAGUCGGAUAAUGUAAAGGACAAAGAAAGUAAGAUAGGCUUCCUUCAGAAAGCAAUCGAUGUGGUCAUACUGGUCAGCGGGGAGCCCCUCGCGGCCAAGCCGGCGCGUAUCGUGGCCGGCCACGAGCCCGAGAAGACCAACGAGCUGCUGCAGGCCAUUGCCCAGUGCUGCCUCAACAAGCUGUCCAGCGAGGAGGCGGUGAAACGAGUGCUGUCCGGUGAAAAGGCGGACUUGAAAACUAAGGCCACAUCCAAGUCCCAAGACAAAGAAAACCGCGAAGGGCCUGAGCAACAGCCGACGGAAGGAGAGAAGAGGAUCCGACGCAGCGGGAGCAGAGAAGACAAGGAGCCGCAGCAGCCCAGAGAGCAAGAAGGCCAGAGGCCAGAUGGCGAGCGCCGCCACGACGCCGAGCGUUCUGCCAAGAAUCACCGCCGCGACGGAGACAAGAGUCGCGAACGGGUGCGAGACCCGGACAAAGUCAGAGGAAAAGACAGAGACAAGGAGAAGGUCAAAGAGCACCGCAGAGAUCACGACAAGAGUCGAGACCGAGACGGAACCAGGCAAAGAGAUUCUCAAAGGGAGCCGGAGAGGAGCAAGGACAAAGCACGAGAAGUGGACAAAGAAGCCGAAAGGCGCCAAGACAAGAACACGAAUCGUGAGAGUGACAGCAAGGAGAGAAUAGCACAAGUGCAACAAAAAGCCAGCGAGGACCAGCCCAGAAAAUCAGCCAAGCCACUGGCAGCUGAAGCGGAGCCAUCCGAUGAGCCUGCGGAGAACGUUGAAAACCAGUCGGACAGUCCGGCAAGAAUACCUCGGCCGUCUUCUGCCAAAGGGCAAAGGAGGAAGCCCAGAACGGCGGGUCAGGAUGAAUCUGACAGUGAGGGCGAUGCCCAUCCUGCCAAGGAAAGUGGCGAUGCCGUGAGCUCCUCCAUUCCAUCUGAAAUGACCUCCAGCAACAAGCGAACGGCGGCACGGCCCAGCAGUGCGCGUCCGGCUCCUCCUCGAGUCAAGAAACAGGAGAGCUUCAAUGACGGCGUCCCGGCUGAGAGCGGGCUCUCCAGCGCCAAGCCGUCAGUCAUCCGAGAGGGCAAGAAGCGGUCCGACGACGAGGAUGAGGAAGACGAGCAGUUUUUGGUGGCGGAGGCGGCCCCUGAACCUUCGGAAGCUCGUGACAAGGAUGCUGCACAGGACCUCAUCGGCGAUGACAAUCAUGGUGGCCUUGUGAAAAAGAUCCUCGAGACCAAAAAGGACUAUGAAGCAUCACCAUCCUCCAUUCCACGGAAAGAGCCGGCGUCGGGCCAAGCCACGAAGAAGGAGCAGGACCUGGUGACGCGGGAGGUGGAGCGUCUACGCGCCUCCAUCCAGUCGGUGUGUCAGAGCGCGUUGCCGCUGGGCAAGAUCAUGGACUACGUGCAGGAGGACAUCGACGCCAUGCAAGCCGAGCUGCAAAGCUGGCGCAAGGAGAACAAGGAGCACGCGCAGGCUCUGCUGCAGGAACAGAAAGCCACAGAGUGGGCGUUAGAACCUCUCAAGGCGGAACUUUAUGAGCUGGACCAAAUGAUCAAGGAUUACCAGGACAAAAUUUCUGCGGCGAGGUCCAACAUUCUGAGAAAUGAAGAGAAGAUUCAGAAGAAAUUAACUGGAAUCAUCUCCUCUUCCACUUGAAGUGAGAUCAUCUUCCCAGAAAGAAAAUGCUGACAUCAGCGUGACGGAAGACACAACCUCCCCUUAUGCCUUGGAGCAAUAUUUUGCUCCAAGUUGGGGGAGGAAAAAAAAAGUCUUUCCACACUGGACCAUCCCUUAAGCUGUGCAGAUGCAGUCAACAUUUGUCGUAGUCCUGCAGCUGACCUGUGAGGGGCAGUGUGGUGCUAUUCAGCGUGCACGCUGCCUGAAAACACUUUAGAAGAAAACACAUUGUCGUCUCAAAAAUACGAGAAGAGGCUCGCCUUACAGUUGAACGCACUUUACUAAAACUGAUUGACUGCAGACAAAUAUUGUCAUAUGUAGUCCCCAUUUCACUCCUAUUAUGGGGCCUUUGAAUGUGAAAUCUCCAAAAACUAAACAAAAGCCGCUGGCUUGAUUGCGUGCCCUAUUCCGAAGUCAAGCACACGCCAAAAGAAGCAGUCAUGAUUAUUUUCUUCCGUUUCUGAGAUUAGUUUUGACAUUGGAGUUCUUUCUGAAUGUGCUGCACGCUUGGAUUUUGGUCUGACUCGCUCACUUCAAUGUUGCGCAGAAAUUGUAGCUCAGCAGUCGGGGAUGUGAUACGAAAUGGCCUUCCGAUGUCACACGCAAUCAAAUGGAUCCAUCUUCCAAACAUUCUCCUCAGCAAUCGUGUUCACAUCGUGUUUUUUGCCAGUCAAGUCUACAUUUCAGGCACAGCUGCACUUUUGACGCGUUGGAUAUAGAUUUGAAAGUAGAAUACAUUUUUAUUUUUGACAUAACGCCAUGUUGGAGUCCAUUAACACUAGAGUGAAAAUGUGACCAGAUCUGAGUCAUGAGAUUGUAGAAAGUCCAUUGUCAAGGAACUUACUAGUACACUGCACAUUAUUAUAGAGCACAUCAUUUGAUGUUUUUUGUAGUGAAGUACAAUAAUAAAUGGCUCCAAUAAA